CGAUCGCAGCCGCUCUAGGCUGCGCGGCUUGUUUGCCCUCAGCCCCACCCCCUGGAGCACGUGGCACUGGGAGCUAGCUCCCAUUGGCCCGGCUCCGUCUCGGAGGCGGGGCUAGCAGCAGUGAACCGGCAGCAGGCCUGUGCCGGCUCAGUCCUUCCCUGACCGAGCAGAAGGAAGGACGUGCUGCUGCUCGGCUUCGGGGCCUCCACGUGGCUGGCUGGGUACCCGAAUCGGAAGCCGGAGCAGGAGGCCCACGGGAGCGGAACGUCGGGGAGCAGUGCAGCGGCCCUUCGAGCGAGCAGCGGAUUGGAGCGGCUGGGCGGCCAGGGCCUCUGUAGCCCGGCCGCCUGUGGUAACGGGCUCUGGGGGGAUCACAGGAGAGGCUUUUAAGUCCUCCUCGGAACGGCCUUUGAUCUUCGGGCCUCUCCACACAAGGGCUUCUAGGCCCCGGCAGGCCCAAGCUGCCCAGCAUCGAGUGAGGGCAGCAGGCCGCCCCAGGCCCUCAGUAGGCCGCACCAGGCCUUCAGCGGGGGGGCAAUUGACUAACCCGGUCAUCUGGGGGAGGGUUGAUUGGACGUUGGGGGUGUUGGCUUGAACUGUGUGAACCCCUUCAACCCAGGGCCCAUUUAGGCCUUCUGCUAAGGGCGGCCUUUGCCUUUAUUGUCGGGCCUGUAGGGCCUAACCCCCCCACACACACCCAUUUUGGGGGCCUGCAUUGACUAGGCCUCCCUGGUGGGCUCGUGGGCCUCCCCUGCCGGGCCUAAGCUUCAUUUGGGGGCCUUUCAGUGGGGCUGGGCCUUACCACGGCUAGGUGGGGCAGGCGCUGUGACUCAUAGGCCUUCCUUGCCAGCGUAGGCCUCAGUCAGCCUUGCGCCGGCCAGGUCACUCGUUUACGCACUUGAGGGCAGGGUACAGGCCCAUAAGCUUCAUCCUUUGGGACAUGGGCCCUAAGAAAGCCCCAGUUAAGAAAGCCCCAGUUAAAAAGGGUGGGAAGGCUCCAGCCAAGAAGGGUGGCAAGCCAACGCGGCCACCUAAGAGGCCAAACGCACCCGCCGAAUCCUCCUCCGACGAUGAGGGCGAUUUGGAACUGGGUGCCAUCAGGGCGUUUAUAGCACGGCUGCAGGCCCUUGAGAGGCAGCGCACCACUCUAGAGGGCGACGAGGCGGGCGGGGGGCCUUCGGGGGUGCCCCCACAUGCAAAAAAGUCAAACAGGGCGGAAAAGAAGGCAAAACUAAUGCAGGGCUUUGCUGACCGUCUAGCAGCUUUGGAGGCGGCGGCGGGAACUGCCCACGAGGAACCAGCGGGGAUCACGACACAACCGGCGGACUCAGGACCAGGAGACGGCAGGGACGACAAUGUCCUUCAUGAAGAAGCUUAAGUGAAAAUUAUUGAAAUCCAGACAGUUUUUUAAGGACUACCUAGUUAUGGACUAACCACAUGAUCUGAACUUAUGAAUCAUCUCCUUGAGCUCAAGGACUAACCAGCCAUGGCCUUAUCAUAUGAUCUGAACUAAUGAAUCUUCCUGAGCUUCAUAUGUAUUUGAAGAAAUGUAUACCUCAUUGCAUAUAGGAGAAUGGACAUUUUCCGUGUCAUCUAAAUCAACAUGAAAAACUAUGCUGUGAUAGAACGAUUGGAACACCGCCACCAUCUCUAUGAAUUAAUUUUUUGAGAGGUUUGGAUCUCACAGGUUCAUGGAGACAAGAUUCCUUUGUGGCAAACAUUGCCAAUUAGUCUAUUAAGUGGACAUUGUAUUUGUAUGAUUCCCUUUGGAAAUAUGUAUGUUCAUUAUGAAUGGGAAUAUAUUUCAUGUGUAGCAUUUAUUCUCAUGCUUAUAUAAGAAUUUUCGAAUGGUUCAUGACACACUCCUUGGUUUUAAGUAGGAUAUAUGUAUCAUAACUUAUUAUAUGCAUAUUUAUUAUAAUACACAAUUUUAUAUAUUUG